CCUUAAACAAAAGCAUGCUUUAUCGACUACUAAUUUGGUCUUAAUAGGACAACAAAUUCAGAACAAGACUAUUUAUAAUCAUAAACGUGUUAUGAUAACAAGUACCACAUUGGCAUAUCCUCGCAAAAUUUGACACAUAAGAUGUUCCGGUAUUUGGGAAUAGUAAUUACAGCGUUCGUCACAUGCUGUCAUGUGACACUGGUCAUGUGCGACUUUCCUUGCAUGUGCACGUAUGCGAUGGAAACCGAAGUUCACGCCGCAAAAGAUGCGGCUUCAAAGAUACUUGGUUACUUGUACGAGUUCGACUGUAAGGAAUUAUACGCCGUAGCCGCGAAUGACAGCACCUGGACCGCUGUCGCCUUCAAGCACCAAGUCGGCUAUAUUCAGAAGACGAAAGAUCAUGAGAUACAACAGUGUCCAGGAAGUCCCGAUGCUACCGAUACAGUUCCGACAAGCGGUAAUCCGAUUACCCUAGCUCUGACAACCGCCCCACCAAGCACUCAAUUUCCGACAACAGUGAAAAUAUCUACAGCAGCUCCGACUACCGCUUCGCCGUCGACUGCACCUCAUUUGUCUAUGCACUCAACACCAGCCCCGGAAGAAACGACCGAACUUCAAGAAUACAAGUGUCCAUUCGGUGUUGUCGAAUAUGCAUUGCUUCACGGUGGACACGUCACGGUGCAGAAUGACAGCUGUUUUGAAAUCGUGAGCCAACCAAUGACAUGGAAUGACUCUGAACAUCACUGCAACGCAAACGGAGGCCACCUUGCGUACAUCACCAGUCAAUCGGAGGAAAAUUCAAUUAUGACUUUCCUGUACAAAGAAGGCUUCAAGCAGUCCGUGUGGAUCGGUCUUACAGACCAGGGCAAAGAGGAGAACUGGUUCUGGUCAUCGGGUUAUCCAUACGCGUGGGCCAACUGGUUCCCUUUUAGAUACAAUUCAGACACGCACAACUCGGAGGAUUGCGUAGCACUGGUCCCUGACAUGCACGUGAUCUUUGGUAUCCAUACAUAUGGACAAUGGAAUGACCUACAAUGUGCUGUCCUUAAUCCAUCACUGUGCCGUUAUGAUGCUCAUCCGAUUCAGCAAGGUACAACGACACCUCACGGCCUUCUCGGAUUUCUGUCCAACCUUGCCCACUCCAUAGCAUUGGGAUAGUUUAACCUCCAUAGCAUUGAGUUAGCUUAAUACAACUCGAAAUAAACCAGCAUGAUAAACACAGUAAA